AUGGAAAGCAUCCGCGUGGGAUUCAUCGGUCUAGGAAAAAUGGGCACGGCGCUAGCCUAUGGGGUAGGAAAAUGCAAGCUCAUUGGGCAUAAAAAUAUUUAUUACUACACGCCAUAUAAGAAGGAUGAUCCUUUUGUUUUCCUCGAAUCUAAUGAACUGGUUGCCAAGACAUGCGACGUAAUUGUGAUAGCUGUGAAACCAGACCUUGCUGCAAAUGUACUAUUGGAAAUUAAGGAAUACAUAGGCUCUAAAUUGAUCGUUUCCAUUUGUGGUGGACUGAACUUGGAAACCCUGGAAAAGAUGGUGGGCGUUCCUGCGAAAAUUGUGAGACUUAUGCCAAACACCCCAGCCCUGGUUGGACAAGGCACCCUUGUUUUUUGUACAAAUAAUAAUGUAGAUGAAAAAGAUACACAAAAGGUAAUCGAUAUUUUCAGCGCAUGUGGAACUAUACAUCAAAUAAAAGAUUCAGAAAUGGACAUAGCAACAGCCGUUUCUGGUUGUGGGCCAGCCUACGUUUUUUACUUUAUUGAAAGUUUAAUUGAUGCGGGAGUUAAGAAUGGGCUAAAUAGGGAUUUGUCGAAGGAAUUAGUUCUGCAAACAAUUCUUGGAUCCGUUCACAUGGUUAAGGCCUGGAGCGAGCCCGUUCAGCAGUUGAAGGACGACGUGUGUUCCCCCGGUGGGAUUACCAUCGUGGGUUUGAGCACAAUGGAGAAGCACGCAUUUAAAUAUGCAGUCAUGGAUGCAGUAGAGAGUGCCUACGAAAAAUCCAAGUCAAUGAACUGA